UCUGCCUACUAGUUGAUACUCUUCCGUAUAGAUUUUGUCACUCGCCCACACAAACGCCGUGCACACACGCACACUCAAUCGUUUCGCGAACGUACGCCUAUAAUACGCACGCACGCAGUCGUUCGCCGACGUCCGUACAAUAUAAUAAUAAUGAUCAUUUUAUGAAGAAAAAAACUGACAAAAAAAAAGCUAUGAAAGAACUACGGGUCGACAAAUAAUACCGUUUCGCUCGGAUCGCGGUAACGUCGGUGGUGUUUCGUUGUUUUAUCUAUUAUCGACGACAAUAAUAUUAUAACUCUUUUUUCUACCGAUAACAAUAAUAUCGACCAGCAAAAUGAACAUUCUUUUCCGGAAAAACUUCCAGGCUGAAGGCACGUCUAAGGAGAGGAGCUAUUCCAGCGGCAUGGGCAGGAGAACGCCCAGUGGCAAUACCGGUGCGCUGGGAACGGCGCGGAGGACCAGGGAAUCCAGGUUAGCAGCUGUCGACCCCGUCAUCGAUCAAAUAUAGGAUAAUAUUAUUAUCAUUACUAGAGACCGGAUUUAUAUGUUCUUAAAAUCCAUAAAAAAGCACUUGAAAACAUCAAAAGGCCUUGAAAAAAAAAAUCACUUAACAAAUAUACAAAAACACAAAAAUAAUAGAGGGGUUUAAUAGUCCCCUCCCUAAUGGAUUUAAUUUCUAAAUACAAUUUUCUAGCACCACAAAAAUGAUUAAUAAAAAUUAAUUUUUUUUUUAUAAUAUAAAAAAACGUACAAUUUUAUUUAAAAGAAAUCAUUUUUGUAGUGUUAAGAAAUUUAAUUUAGGAACUUAGAGCCAUUAUAUAGGACUUUAAAACCUCUCUAUCAUUUUUGCUUUUUUGUGAAUUAUGAAAGAAUAUAAAUCCGGUAUCUAAUUAUUACCAUUAUUAUUUUAGUUAUAAUGUAAUCGGUAUCGCCGAUACAUUAUAGAUACACCCAUUGCAAUAUUCGAAAUAUCAUAAAUAAACGGAGUAUUUCAAUUCAGUUUGAUAUUGGCAAUUUUGAUUUUCGCCAACCCGUUAACGAAAUAUUCCACACAUAAGUUUAUGUAGAAGAGAUUAUAGUUAGUUCCCUUACUCUAUUCAACUUAGUUAAUUUAGCUUAGUUAACCUAACCUAACUUAACAAAAAGUAUCUAAACUAAUACUCAAUCUAUUUAUGGAAUAUAGGUUACCAUUUGAAAUUAAAGGUAAGAAGUCAUUUCACGCCCGAAAAUAAGGGUGACGACAAAUAAUGACAAUAUAACAUUUCAGAGCAGCUUGUUUCUUUAAAAAAAUUCCUAAAAAUGUUAAUACUUUCCGAGAUAUCGUAAUGGCUAAUGGGUAUAUCUUAGCGUAUACUCUGUAUAAUAUUAUACGUAGUUCUCCCGCCAACUUCGAGCGGGGAUGAAUGUAUAAAUAAUAACACCGCCAGCUAUCAUCGAAGGAAGAACAUUCGGCUAACCGAAUUAAUUAUGGCCAAUUAAUUGGCCAUAUGGGCACCAGGUGUUAUCUACUAUGUAAGUAACGUUGAAACCUGCAGUUUUUAUCGUCACUUAAAAAGAACGUGGGACAAAUAUUUUUAUUUUGUAACCGUCAAGUAUAAAAUCAAUAAUAAUUUAAAGAUGAUAGAAUGUUAAAAAUAAUGAUUUUUUUUCAAUUUUUUGUUUUCUGCGGGUAAAAUACGGUUAAAAUAUAAUCUUUCUAUUUGUCUUCAAUCGUUUAAUUGGUUUACUGCAAAUCUCCAAGCUUCCCUUCAGUAAUUCAAUUUCUUCAACUCCUUGUAACUAGAUCCAUAUUCAUCAUGGUUUAUUUUAUGUAGUCCAUAGAAUUUCAAAAAAUUUCCUCAUCAGUCGUGGUAUAUCCAGAAGGAAAACAGGGUCAUGCCCCCCCUCUCAAACUGACAAUGUUCAUUUAUUUUUAAAACUUAUUUCCUCUGUUAACGUAUUAUCCAUAAUAUAUAUAUAUUGUAUUAUACACAAUUAUAAAUUUAUAUUAGGUUGACAUAAAAAUAAUGUACACAAUUGAUAAUACUAUCUACAAUAUGAUUCGCUUUUUUUUAUAAUUUUAUUGUAUUAUAGUUAUAUUUUAUUAAUUUCUUAUAUAUGAUUUCAUUAAUAAUUUUAAUUUUAGUUUAGUAGAAAUUUGUCCAAUUUAAGUGCCCCUUCCAUAAAAAGAUCCUAUAUCUACUCUUGAGUCGUCCCGAGGAAAAUACUUCCAUUACUCCCUAUCCUUAACAUGCCCUGCUUCGUACCUUUUUAAAAUCCUGGUUACGCUACAUGCUACUUAGCGUACCUACAUUUAGAUCUAAAAUAAUACCCAAAAACGUCUUUGUGCAUUAUGUUUUUGACUGAAACAAAUUUUCUCGUCAAAAUAUUAUUCAGAAUCCAUAAAAAUAACAAUUUCAACGGUGGUGAUAAAAAAUUAGAAUUUCGAUUGCUCAACCGUGCUUUAACGAUAGAACAACAUUAUUUGUGUGCAACAUAGUUAAUAUAAAUGCAUAGUGUUUUUAUUUUGUUGAUAGUAAUCUAUUUAAUAUUAACUAAACUCGUCGUAAAACAUCAUUUAUCAUAACAUCGGCUCGAAUCCGAUCAAUCCAAAUACACAAACAAUAUCGAGUAAGCAAAACUAAUAUUAUAUCGUGAUAACAUAAUAUUAUAACUUUAAUGAGUAUAUAAUAUGACGUAUACAAUACAUAUAUUAUCACUGUAACACUGUAAUAGGAAUAGAUUCUCGAACUUUUCGAAAUGUUGAAAACAGUAGAAAGAUGAGAAAACAUAACUCAUACUAUAUUCAAAUAUAGGUACGAUCACGUAUAUUUCGAAUAGUUUGAGCAAAAUUAGAACCCAUUGUUGUCGAAUUUUCCCUAAAAAAAGAUAUUAUUGCACUGGAAUAUGCCUUAAUCUAUUUAUAUUUUUUUGCUACUUUUGGACAUUUUCGGGAUCCUCCUCUGGACCAAAUGAGCUCAAAUUCGGGAAUAAUAUAGUUCUAUUAUAGGCGGACUGCUAAGUGAUAAAGUUGAAUAGAAUUUCAACAUAAAUUUCACCGUAUCGUUACAGGAAGAGUAACCUAACUCUUUAGCUUUGAACACUCCUACAUACCCCUCCAAUGAAACCAGGGGAUUUUUUUUUUCAAAUGUAUAUAAUAAUGUGACUAGUUCAAAAUGUCGAGUUCGACAACGAAAUUAAGUUCUAAUUCAAAUUUAGAUUUGUGAAAAUUGAAAUUUAACCAUACGAUAUUAUAAUACUAUGUUAGCACGCAACGUACUUGGUCAUAUAUUGUUUGUGUAUUUGUAAAAGCCGCAGGCAAGCGUGUUGCUCGGCCGUCCGCGUCCAAGCUGAUGUUGUGACAAUACAGGUGUUCGAUGAUGAUCGAUACGGAUCAUACUUGUCCGUUUAGGACCCACAUACUCCUGGGUCAUGCCAAUUUCCCGCAGGAGUUCGAGGACUUUGUUGGGCCGCCGUUGUUGGCGCAACCCAAACCGACGUCCGCCGUCCCGCUAAUACGGUGGAUCCGGAGGAAACAGUCGACAGGCAAAGCGGACACGGUCACCAACACGCCGCAGUUUGCUAACGGUACGGGAGGCAGUAGUGCGAACGCGACGGGCCACGUCAACAACAAUCCAGUCGAUAAGGUUCGGUUGUUGGGACGUUAUUACCGUGUAUACAGUAGUAGAGCUGUGGAUUUAACGAAGUGCACUAAAAAAAAAAACCUUAGAAAUAUCAUUUAAACUGUCCUCCUGUAAAAGCAAAUCACAAUAUUUGCACAUAAAAACAAAAAAUACAAUUAAAUGAGACUACGUCGAUUAAAAAUUUCAAAAACCGCACUGAAAUGCAUUAUAUUUAAUAAUACAAUAUUAAUAGUGUAAUAAAUUAAAUACCCAUAACAUGUCUAUUAUUGUAAUAGAAUAUCGAUUAAUCUUAAAUAAAUUCACAAAAAAUAUUACAUUGAGCUUUAAAUGUUAAAGAUUUGUAUUUUUUUUAUUUUUAUUUCAACCCAUAAAACGAUUCUGUUUCCCUCAAACUCAAUGAUUUCUUAUAAGUAUUACAAUCUAAAAUAAUUUUCAUUUCAAUAUCUUCUGAGAAUGAAAAUAACCAAAUUCUGUUUUUUUUUUUAUGUAUAUAUAUCACUCGUAGAAAUAAAACUCCAAAUAUUUAUAUUUAAAUUAAAUAUGUACAUUUUGACAAAAAAUAACUUUAUUUUAUUAUUUUUGAAAAAUUUAAAGAUUUAUAGAUUUAUAGAGUUUAUCUUCUGAACAUUUUGACGUUUUAUCUUUUUGAUUUUAUUAAAUUCGUGAUUUUUAAAAAAUGUUUUAAGUUCAGAGUAAAAAAAUGUACAGUAAAAUGUAAAUAAGUGUACAAUCACCCAUAAUAUUUUUUUUUCUUUUUAGAAAUUUACCAACUAUUUUAAAAACAUACUUGUAGGUACUUUAAUUUGAUAUUUUACGACGGUCUAUAAUAAUAAAAAUAAAUGAAUAGCCUUUGUUUGAAAUUUUGAUUCUAUAUUAAUGAAUUCACUCUGUAUUUUUCUUAAUAUCUAAUUCAAAAUAGAAUUGAUGCUCUGUAUUUAUUACAUUUUUUUUUUUUUUUAACAAAAUAUACUUUCGUUUUAGUAUAGGUUGGUAAUUUGUAACCCAGUAAUUUGUUUUCUAUUCAUCGUGAGGUCAGAUUGUAAAAAUCAUAUUUUUUUUCGUUUUCAGAAUUGUAGAGGUCGUCAUGGUUCGUAUUCUACACCGAAUACUCCUACCGGUACAAAUGGCUAUAAUACACUUCACGUCAGAAAAGUCGAUUCCGCGAGCAUUGCCAAUUUGGAUAAAGAUUGUUUUAUCAUACCAAUCGCUUAUUUAGACCGAUUCCUGCCCAAUGGGGUGAACGUACGUAUAUGUGACUGACUAAAAUUCUCAGUGAUUUAUACAUAGUACUUAACAGACUUGAAACGUCCAAAAACCUCUAAACAGGUAUACUAUUUUACUUAUAAUGUGUAUGCUACUUUAAUUUCUAGCUCCCCACGGCUCCGAGUCCAAAUAAGACUAACGCUUUAAAUAUGGUUGAAGUAGACGAUCCGAAAACUUGUCUCAUGUUUCACAUGAUGACCACAUUGGAACCAAUUGAUCCUGUUUUAGAAUCUCCAUUAUCCGACCCAAUGGCCAGACAGACAGCAGCUGCGUGUUCGCUGCUUACAGAAAUAGCAGCGACGAAAGUAGCUUCGGAGGGCAUGUUGCUGGCAAAUUUAGAGAAAGACGGUAAUAUUAAUACUUAAAUAAAUAACUAAAAGUCUUUAAAAUACGAAAACCAAACGCUUUAGAACAUUAGUCUAGAUUAACUUGAAGCUAUUCAAAAUUCUAUAAUUCACUAGGUAUGCUUAUUAUUCUCUAUACAGCAUAAUGGGUAUUUGUUUUUUAUUAAAAUAGUCGGAACAAAUCAAAUUUAACAUUUUCCAAAUUGUAUCUCUCGAUCUAGGGAAAAUUUAUUGCAUAUUAAAAAAAAAGAGAGAUAAAGUAAGAAUACAGUCGUAAAAUCGAAUUAUUUUAAAUCUUACUAAAGAAUUGAUUUUAGUUAUUAGAAAAAAAAAAUUAAAUAACUUAUUUUUUUUUUUUUUAAUAUUAUUCUGAAACUUAUUAUAUUAUAUAAUAAGCCUUAUAUUUUAGAAAAAAUCUUUAGUUAAUUUUGAAUUUUUCUCGUAAUGUAGCUGUGUUUCCGUUUAUCACGUAUUACGUGUUGAAUAAGAGUUCAGUGUCUAAUCCUCGAGAGGUGGCCGUGAACGUGCGAAAUACGACUUUGAAAAAAUUCGACCCCCGGUCCAUCAAGCACACUACCGACCAUACUUUCGACUUGUUUACCGAAGUGGCAAAUAUCAUAUGUCCACCAAUGAGCCAAUCGAAGCGGCCUAGAGGUACGCACACUGCGUACAUGAUUACAGUGUACAAAGUCUUCGACGGCGACGACAGCGAAAAGUUCGAAAAACACUGGCUUUAUUGGACAGGUAGGUUGGAUAUUAAUUAUUCGCGAUCGGGAAAGAAAAUCGAAUUAUUCAGGUUUCUGUAUCAUAUAUGAGUAUUGAAAAAUACAAAAUCCUUGUAUAGUUUAUUACACUCGGCAACUCGGUCGAGAAAUAUUCGAGUGAUCUGAGUAUACUAUACUUUUAACGGAAUGAAUGUUUGUGAUCGAUAUUAUUGCAGAAAAAAUAAUAAUAAUCCAAUUUGUAGACGUUUUACCGCAGAUUGUCGUAUAGUACAGAUUAUCGACUGGGUUUUGAAUAAAAAAUGCUCGGUCCACGAUGCUUACGUAUAUAAAUUCACCUCAUCGCCUACAGCCAAUUUGUACUAAUAAGAUUGACGAUGCAUAAUAAUUAUGGUGGAAGUGUUUUUCGUACAGCUAUAGUAUAUACUAUAUUUAUUUAACUGUCUCAACGGCGUAAAAACGUAACUGUAUCUAAGAAAUAUUCUUAUUCGAUUCGUAUACAUAUAGAAACCCGGAUUGAUUUUUCUUUCUUUUCCCUCCCCCUCCCGUUUUUUACCACAUUUUUCAACUUGUUGCAUAUACUAUACGCAGGUGCGCGAAUGAUCUAUAAUUAUUUACCGAAAUCGGCCGGCCUACGAAGAAUCACGUUACACAAAUCGCAAUCGAACGGUGACAAGCAAUACAUACUGAUGUGCGAGUGUGCAAAUCUGUUACAAGACUUCACGUCUGUUGCCAAGCUGCUGCCUGCACUCAAAGCUAGAUUAUGCGGCUGUACAGGAGUGUAUCGAUCUAUAUUUAUUAUUUAAACCGAACGUCUUCGUCCGAUAUCGCACGUUCCAGAAGUAUCGCAAGUCAUCCGCCCACGAACAAAUAAACCGUUUCGAAUAUUCCAUAAUUGUUAAUAAUAUUACUGCAUGUAAUUAUUGUAUGUUUUCAGUUAAAAUUCUUAUAGAUACGAUAAUAUAAUAUUUUAUACGUGUACAUAAAUGAAAACAACGCGUUGUGAUUUUAUCAAAAUAUAAAUAACAUGUUGAUAAUAGACAGUGGCUUUACGUGUAUAACUCGGGUUCGGUAAGCUGAGUCCCCA